AUGGAUUUCCUUCUUAUUGGUCUCUGUUUAAACUGGUUGCUGUGGAAGCCCCCAGGGUUGAUAUUGUGUACACUGGGUGUCUUUUUAAAAAUGCUUCCAGCCGUGAAUAGUGGGUGUCCACAGCUAUGUCGGUGUGAGGGCAGGCUUUUGUACUGUGAGUCAUUGAAUCUUACAGAGAUGCCUCGCAACCUGUCGGGCAUGAUGGGCUUGUCUCUGCGGUACAACAGCCUUUCAGAGCUGCAUGAUGGACAGUUCACAGGGUUAAUGCAGCUCACGUGGCUCUAUCUGGAUCACAAUCACAUUUGCUCAGUGGAGGGGAAUGCCUUUCAAAAAUUGCGGAGAGUUAAAGAACUCACUCUGAGUUCCAACAAAAUCACUCAACUGCCCAAUACUACUUUCCGACCUAUGCCAAACUUGCGUAGUGUGGAUUUAUCAUACAAUAACCUGCAGUCUUUGGAACCAGAUCUGUUUCAUGGGCUGAGAAAACUAACAACUUUGCACAUGCGGUCAAACGCCAUCAAGUUUGUGCCAGUGAGAAUUUUUCAGGACUGUCGCAGCCUGAAGUUUCUAGACAUAGGAUACAAUCAGUUGAAAAGCCUGGCUCGAAACUCUUUUGCAGGCUUGUUUAAACUCACUGAACUACACCUCGAGCACAAUGAUUUGGUGAAGGUGAAUUUAGCUCAUUUUCCAAGGCUCAUUUCACUGCAUUCUCUCUGCCUACGAAGGAAUAAAGUCACUAUUGUAGUCAAUUCCUUGGACUGGAUAUGGAAAUUGGAAAAAAUGGAUCUCUCUGGCAACGAGAUUGAAUACAUUGAACCUCAUGUUUUCGAAAGUGUACCUCACCUCCAAUCACUGCAGCUGGAUUCCAACCAGCUAACCUACAUUGAUCCAAGAAUCCUCAACUCCUGGAAAUCACUCACUAGCAUCAGCCUUUCUGCAAACAUCUGGGAUUGCAGCCGUAAUGUUUGCGCCUUGGCCUCCUGGCUAAGUAACUUUAAGGGUCGCUAUGACAGCAAUCUGCUCUGUGCCACCCCUGAAUAUGCACAGGGGGAGGAUGUUUUAGAUGCAGUGUAUGCUUUUCACUUAUGCGAAGAUGCAGAAGACCCAACAAGUGUUAACAUGCUAUCAGCAGUAACAAACAACAGCGACCAAAUGUUCACUUAUAGCCCUGCCACAAUAAUAUAUGAUGUGCAGGAUACUGAAGGAGAAAGAACAACAAAUGCCAUAACCGUAACUAUCCCCAAUGAAAACACUGAGAAUGCUGUUCAGAUUCACAAGGUGGUGACAGGGACCAUGGCACUGAUUUUCUCUUUCCUCAUAGUGGUUUUAGUGUUGUAUGUCUCCUGGAAGUGUUUUCCAGCCAGCCUAAGGCAACUCAGACAGUGCUUUGUGACACAGCGCAGAAAGCAGAAGCAGAAACAAACCAUGCAUCAAAUGGCUGCCAUGUCAGCCCAGGAGUAUUACGUUGAUUACAAACCCAACCACAUUGAAGGAGCCCUGGUGAUCAUUAAUGAAUAUGGAUCUUGUUCCUGUCACCAGCAGCCAGCAAGGGAAUGUGAGGUGUGAUUUUCUGUGGGAAUUUAAACAGUGUGCAACCAAAUAACAAUGGGCAGACAGUUGGAUGGGGGUUUAUUGUGCUUUUCUGAUGAUUUCUGAUGCACUUCUUUGCUGAAAUUGUAAGAGGAUCUGUCUAAAAGACUUGAUAUGUUAGCUUUAUUGUGUCUUAAAAUCUUCAGGACAGUCAGUCCUAACAUUUCAUAUGAUAAUAUUCCCUUUGAAGAUCUGACAAUAUUCAGGAAUCUGAGAGUGUAAAAAGGUACCAAUUAUUGACUGAUUUUUUUUUUGUAAACUACAAAAAUGUUUAAAAUAAAAAAAAUAGCAUUUACAGUUUUUGCAGACUGGUGUAUACUACGUGAAUUGUUACCUGUAUG